AUGAAGCUCGACACUAAGGCCAUGCGCCAUCUCACAGCAGAGGACUGGCGAGUCCUAACAGCUGUCGAGAUCGGCAGCAGGAACCAUGAAAUCAUCCCUACCCCACUUAUAGAAUCUCUCUCCAAACUUCGCGGUGGUAGCAGUCGCGUGCACAAGUCCAUCUCCGCGCUAGCCAAGGUCGGCCUGAUCGCGCGGCUCAAGGAGGCCAAGUAUGACGGGUACCGGUUGACGUACGGUGGUCUAGACUACCUAGCACUUCAUACGUACGCGAGCCGGCGGGAGGUGUAUAGUGUAGGAAACCGGAUCGGUGUCGGCAAAGAGAGUGAUAUUCUAGUCGUAGCCGACGAAUCGGGCACACAACACGUCCUUAAAAUCCACCGAUUAGGACGUAUCUCCUUUCGUACCGUCAAGUCGAACCGUGACUACCUCCGAAAGCGCCAUGGCGGCAGUUGGAUGUACCUAUCGCGGUUAGCCGCUGAGAAGGAGUUCGCCUUUAUGCGCGCUCUAAAGGAAGAAGGAUUCCCCGUACCAGAGCCCAUAGCGCAAAGUCGCCACACUAUUCUUAUGAAUUUCAUCGACGCCUUCCCCCUACGCCAGAUCUCCGAAGUCCCUGACCCGGCUGCCCUAUACGCAGAAUUAAUAUCCAUGAUUCUGCGACUGGCCAAGCACGGUUUGAUUCACGGUGACUUCAACGAGUUCAACAUCCUAAUCAAAGAAGAGCGGGAUGAACCAAACCCAUCCGCCAAGGGCAAGGAAGUCGAGGGCAUGGCAAAUGAGAGCAAGGAGAAAUUCACAGUAACUCCCAUCCUCAUCGACUUUCCCCAGAUGGUAUCAAUGGACCAUCAAAAUGCCGAAAUGUACUUUGACCGAGACGUCAACUGCGUGAAGAAAUUUUUCGAGCGACGCUUCCACUUCGUCGGUACCGAACCAGGACCCUUCUUCAAGGAUGCCAAGAAGACAGUGGGUAAAGAUGGUGCCAGGAGGCUUGACGCUGCAGUUGAAGCGUCGGGGUUUUCAAAGAAGGCUCUUAAAGAUCUGGAGGCUGCUAUCAGAGAGCAGCAGGCGACAAGAGGAGAUGAGGCCGGUUCGGGAGAUGAGUAUGAUGGAGCAUCCACGGAUGAGGAUGAUGAGGACAGGGAAGAUACUGAAGCAGAUGAAUCAGAUGCUGGCAAAGAUGACCAAGAAGCAGACGUCCAGAGGAUAGAGAUGGAGACGCUUUCAAUCGAAACUAAGACGUGA